UCAUUAUCCACACGACUCGCGGCCGCGGUGGUAUUUGCACGAUUACCGACGACGGAACCAAGGCUAGGAUCGGAACAACAACAAGUACGAGACUUGGGUGUUUUUCUGUCGGAUCGCCUAUUGUCUCACCAUGACACUUGGUCGAGUGCUUCGAACUCUAUUGGCGAUUAAGUUUCCUGUUCCAAAUCAUUCAUGUCCACGUCGCCCUCUUUCUAAAAGUGUGUCUUAUGUGCAAGGGCAGGAGCCCGAAACAGGGGUUCGCGAGUACUUCUACUACAUAGAUCACCAUGGAAUGCUAUUUCUAGAUGAUUCAAAAAUUAAAAACUUCACAUCAUGUUUUAAGGAUAAGCAAUUUCUUAUCUUUUUCUUCCGAAGACUGAAAAAGAAUAACACUGGCAGAUACGAAAAAUAUUUUCCAUUUUGGUCAGACUGCGGGAAAGAACGGAAUUAUAUUCGAGGCGAUGACUAUCCCAUUGUCUUUACUCAUAUAGCCAAGAAGGUUCCUCGAGGAGCCUCUGAAUUGGAAGAGCAUGUGUGUUAUGGACAUGCUGGUGAUGUUUUGAGUUUCAGAUUUGACCCAUCAAAAAUUUUCAUGGCAGAAUCAGGUCGAGUUUACCACCCAGCUCCCAGUAAUGGUGGUUCAGUUGGGCUGAUCAGUUCAAAAUUAGCCAUUGAACUCAGCAAAAAUUUCAUUUUUGAACAAGAUGGCAACCCAAGUCCUACCCACUUCAGAUGGAAUGAUCAGGUCCAUACAUUAGAUAAAAACUGGAUGGAUUCUAUCAUAACUGGCCAAACGCAAUAGCCCACCAAUGAGUGCAAUGUGGCAGUAAUAAAAUAUCAAUAUUUUGUGAUACAUUUUUUAUGAAAUGGAAAUUAAAUAAAGCUGUAAUUGUGAUAUCCAAUCAU